AUGGCGGGCGUUACUCAAGACAUCAGCAGCGUGCUCAUCGACAACCAUUCAGGAGCCGCGGUCGAUCUGAACGAUGUGCUCAACUCGCUGCCUGCCGCUGCAGACGCGCCGUUCAAUGCAUACCAGCGACGACACGACCAGACCUGCCUUCCCGACACACGCGUCGACCUUCUUCGAGACAUAUACAGCUGGGCUGACGGACAAGACGAGCGAUGCAUUUUCUGGCUAAACGGCCUGGCCGGCACGGGGAAGUCGACAAUUGCGCGCACCGUGGCCCGUAGAUACCUCGACCAGAAGCGGCUCGGAGCCAGCUUCUUCUUCUCCCGAGGCGGUGGAGAUGUCAGCCACGCAGGCAAGUUCGUGACGAGCAUUGCAUUGCAGCUGGCGAGCAGUGUACCCUCUUUCGACCAGUGCAUUUGCGAUGCCAUCAAAGAGCGCCGCGACAUCGCGAGCCAGUCCCUGCGCGAUCAGUGGCAGCAACUCGUCCUGCGUCCAGUGUCGAAGCUGAGCGAAAGCGGUGGCCAGAUCUCAUACAUCCUCGUCAUUGAUGCGUUAGAUGAGUGCGAAACUGAUAAUGACAUCCGGACUAUCGUACAGCUUUUGAGUGAAGCUCGAUCGUUAAAGGCAGUUCGAUUGCGAGUCUUCCUUACUAGCCGGCCUGAGAUUCCAAUUCGACACGGCUUCCAGAAGCUUUUGGAUACCGAGCACCAGGAUUUUGUACUCCAUAACAUAUCCCGAUCGACUGUUGAUCAAGACAUCUGCACCUUCCUAGAACACAGCUUUGAACUCAUCGCCCAAGAACGAUCCCUAGCCGCUGGCUGGCCAGGACAAGAGAUCAUCAAGCGCCUUGUCCAUAGUGCUAGCGGGCUGUUUAUCUGGGCGGCAACCGCAUGCCGCUUUAUUCGCGAAGGGAAACGUUUCGCUUUAAAGAGACUGAAUAUUAUUCUGGAGAAUAGUAGCAUUGGUGUCAACGCGGCGGAGAAGCAUCUCAACGAGAUCUAUACCACUGUUCUCCGCAGUUGCAUUUCUCCGGAGUAUUCAUACGAAGAAGCAGAAGAGUUACUAUCACUACUGAAAAGCCUGCUUGGAAGCAUUGUGACGCUGCUUUCUCCACUUUCGACGCAGUCCUUGAGCAAGCUACUUAGCACAGCGCAAGGCGAAGUGGACCAAACACUGGAUGAUCUACAUGCCAUUCUUAGCAUUCCAAAAGAUCCAGCCCUUCCACUUCGUUUACAUCAUCCCUCAUUCCGGGAUUUCCUUUUCGGAAAGUCGAGAUGCGAAGAGUUUUGGGUGGACGAGAAGCAAGCGCAUCAAGUAUUAGCCGACAGGUGUAUGCAGCUUAUGGCGACAUCGCUUAAGCAAGAUAUCUAUGGCGUGGAAGCUCCCAACAUUCUUAUAGCCGAUGCCGAGAGAAGUCGGAUUGAGCGGAGUCUUCCUCCUGAAGUACAGUACGCCUGUCGCUACUGGAUCGAUCAUGUUCAAAAGAGCGGCACUCAGCUUUGCGAAAAUGGCCAAGUGCACCGCUUUUUAAAGGGGUAUUUUCUUUACUGGCUCGAGGCGCUGGGAUGGAUGGGGAAGAUCUCUGAUGGUAUACAUGCUAUCGCGGCUUUAGAGUCGUUUGUUUCAUCUAGUAGUUGCCCGGCUCUCUGGAGCUUCCUCCACGACGCGAAGCGGUUCGUGCUGUACAAUCGGCGGGCGAUCGAGCAGGCUCCGCUUCAGACGUACAGUAGUGCGCUCGUAUUCGCACCAACAUCGAGCAUAAUAAGAGAGAAUUUUAAGGGUUGCAUACCUAGAUGGAUGCGAGUGUUGCCGAAGGUGGAGGAGAAAUGGAUUGCGGUGCUGCAGACGCUCGAGGGCCAUUCGGACGUCGUCGAGGCCGUAGCCUUCUCGCCGGACGGCAAGACGCUGGCGUCGGCAUCGCGCGACGAGACGGUGAAGCUGUGGGACGCCGGGUCGGGCGCGCUGCAGCAGACGCUCGAGGGCCAUUCGGGCGUCGUCGAGGCC